AGAAAUCCAGAGCAAUACACACAGAUUUCUGGAGGAACAUAUCAGGUCAGGCAGCAUCUAUGGAGAGGGAUAAACAGUCGAUGUUUGGGCCAAGAUCGAUCAUCGAAGGGUCUCAUUUGUUCAUUUCCACAGAUGCCGCCUGACCUGCUGAGUUCCUCCUGCAUUUUAUGUGUUAUAGUGGCAUAUAAUGAUAAGCACUACCAAAGUUCAAAGUAACAUUUAUUAUUAGAGUUCAUGCAUGUCUCCACAUACAACCCUGAGAGACUUUUUCUGCAGGCAUACUUAGCAAAUAUAUAGAACAGUAAUUGUAAACAGGAUCAAUGAACAACAAACUGUACAAAUGCAGAUAUAAAUAAACAGCAAUAAAUAACAAGAGCAUGAAAUACGUAACAAGAUAAAGAGUCCUUAAGGUGAGGGAAUCAAUUGUGGGAACACCAGACAUAGAAAGAGUGUAGUUAACACCUUUUGUUCAAGAGCCUGACGGUUGAGGGGUAGUAACAGUUCCUGAACCUGGUGGUGUGAACCCUGAGGCUCCUGUGCCUUCUACCUGAUCAAGUUCCAGAUUAAUAAACAAGUUGGGCGACAUUGAGUCAAUGAAAGAUCUUCAACCACUUCUCUCUCUCCAGAUGAUGUCCAAUCUGCUGAGUAUCUCCUGCAUUUCUGUUUUUAUUUUGAGUUUUCAAUAUCUACUAUGUAUUACUUUUUUGAGUUGUUUUGUUAAGUAUUUUGAACUCGGGAAUUCUGAAGUCUCAGUUUUACCAGUCUAACAUCAAAGUCAGAAGGCAUUGGUUUAAGUCCAAAUUCUAAGACAAGCAUGAAUAAUUUUAAACAUACAGUUGAGCAGACACACUGCUACAGACUGAAAGAGUGCAACACUCUCAAUGUUGGACCCUUUCAGACAAGACAUCAACUCAAAUUGCGAUCUUUAUUCUCAGUUAGACAUAAAAUAUCACAUAGUACAACCCGAGAAUUUAUGUUUGGAAUCAUCUAUGCCUGUCUUAUUUUCCUUAUCCUUAGUUCCCCUUUUACCCAUUAGUGGAAAUAUUUUUGACAUCCACACCAAAGCUCCUCGGUUCUGCCUUUUAUACCUUUGCUAGAGUAAAUAAUUUUUCAUAAUGGAGAUUGGAAAUGUUCACAAUAUUCCAAAGUAAACUUUAUGGACAUUGAAGAACUUCUAAGGGGCUGUCACUGUUCUAACAAAAUGAUGGCCAACAUACAGUAAGCUCUCACAGGUAGCAAUGAGAAAAAUGCCCAAUAUUUGUGUUGACUGAAGAAGGAUUCCUCAGGGUAGGACAUACAGUGAAUGGCAGGGCACUGAAGAAUAAAGUAGAAAAGACGAAUCUAGAAAUACAGAACUGUAACUCCUUGGAAGUGGCGUCACAGGUAGGUAGGGUUGUAAAAGGAGCUUUUGGCACAUUGGCCUUCAUACUUCAGUAUUAUUUGAAGUUAUAUAAGGUGUUGGUGAGGACUAGUUUGGAGUAUUGUGUGCAGUCGAGGGAAGUUGAGGAAACACAUACCAGUCCUCACUGAGGGAUGAGAAGUGAAACAGGUGAGCAGGUUCAAGUCCCCAGGUGCCAACAUCUCUAAUAUGUGCCCAACAUACUGAUGCAAUUGCAAAGAAGAGGUGACAGUGGCUAUAUUUCAUUGGGAGUUGGAGGAGAAGUGGCAUGCCACUCACAAAUUUCUAUGGAUGUACUGGUUGCAUCACCAUCUGGUAUGGGGUGGUAGGCACUGCACAGGAUCAGGAAAAGUUGCAGAAAGUUGUAAACUCAGUCACCUCCGUCAUGGGCAUUGGACUCGUCAGCAUCCAGGACACCUCAGAAAGGCAGCAUCCAUCACUCAGGAAGCCCACCACCCAGCCAUGCCCUGUUCUCAUUGCUUCCCUCUAGGAGGAGAUACACACUCAACAUUUCAGGAAGAGGUUCUUCCCCUUCGCUACUAGAUUUUUGAAUGGACAGUGAACCCAUGAACACUACCUCGGCAUUUUCCCUCCCUUUUUGCACCACUUAUUUAGUUUAAUGUUCUUAUAUAUACAUAGUAAUUUAUAAUUUUUAUUGCUAUAUAUUGCAAUGUGCUGCUACUGCAAAACAACAAAAUUCAUGAAAAAGUCUAGUGAUAUUGAACCUGAUUCUGAUUUAGUCUGGUCACCUGCUGUACCUAUAAGGAAGCUGUUAAUAAGACUGGAAGAGUACUGAGAAAUUUUACAAGCAUUUUGCUGCAUCUUGAGGACCUGAGUUAUAGGAAAAGGUUGAAUAGGUUAGGACUUUAUUCCCUGGAAUGCAGGCGAUUAAGAGGAGAAGUGAUAGAAAUAUACAAAAUUAUGAGAGGGUAUAGAUACAGCAAAUGCAAGCAGACUUUUUCCACCGUGUUUGGGUGAGGCCAACACUGGAGGUAAUGGGUUAAGGGUGAAAGGUGAAACAUUUAAGGUGAACCUGAGGGGGAACUUCUUCAUUCAGAGGGAGGUGAAAAUGUGAAGUGUGCUGCCAGUGGAAAUGAUGAAUGCAGGUUUGAUUUCAACAUUUAAGAAAAACAAGAAUAAGUACAUGGAUUGGUAGGUGUGGAGGGCUAUGAUUCAGGUGUAGAUCGGUGGGACUAAGCAGAAUAAAUGUUUAGUACAGAUUAAAUGGGCUGAAGGGCCUUUUACCAUGAUGUGGUGCUCUCUGACUCUAAUGAUUGGCUGGGACUUCAAAUUCCACAAGGAAGAACAGUCGUAUAUGCUUCAAACAGCUAAAUCCUCACAACCCUUAGCAACCCCUGCUGCCUGUUGUGGUGCCUUGCAAGCCCUGAGCACAUUUUCAGCUCCAGGCAUUAUGGCAGUGGUCAGAGCUCCACCCAGAUGUAGGGUAGCAACUGCCGGUGUUGCAAUGGAAGAUGCAACAUCAGCCAUCAGAUGCUGCUUCAUGAUUGGGUCCAUGAAUGCACCGGCAAAAUCUCGUCCACAUUAGAAAGUAUGAGGAUCCAGUAUGAGGAUCCAGUAUGAGGAUCCAACUGCUUCUCCUUGCUUCUUGACAUUGGGCAUCCUCACUUACUGGCAGCCUAGCUGAUGCCCUGGCAAUUUCAUUGUCAUCCAUUAUUGGUUCUGCUGCCUCACAUACUUCCCCUCCAAGUAAAAUGGCACCUAUGUUGUCCUUCCCUCUGAUCCUGACCAAAGGCCAUCCAAUCUGAUGACCCACUGCAACGCAGAUCCCAGCUUUGUGCUUUGCCCUCUAAACUGUGCAUGUUUGGUUAUCACAAUGAAAAGUCAAAGUAAAUGUAUUAUCAAAGUACUAUAUACAACCCUAAGGUUGCAGGCAUUUACCGGAAAGUAAAAAAGUACAAUAGAGUUUAGUUUAAAAAACUAUGCAUAAACAAAGACUGACAAGCAACAGGCAAAAAAAGACAAAUUGUCCAAAUAAAAUAAUAAAUAAAUAAUACUGUGAACAUGAAUUGUAUAGUUCUUGGAAGUCUGUAGGUUGUGCCAUUGUGAUGUUGAAGAAAUAGGUCUGAUAAGGACAACUUUGCAAUGAAGCAUAAGAGAUCGAGAACAUGGGAGAUAGAAUAUGAGGAGGAGGAUGAAGUAGGAAGAUGCUAUCCUCUAAGAGAUUUCAGCCAGAGCUCCAUUGGUACAUUGACUUGCAGGCAUUGCUUUCCUGCACUGGGGACCUCGGUGGCCUCUGCUCCCUGUCCCGUCAGGAGAGGGAGAAGUGUUGGUGAACACCGUGGUGUGGCACUGGUAGUGGACCAUCUGGUGGCAAGCACAAAACUUGUGAAAUUUGCAAACAGCGCACUGGAUAUGUUACAUUAUUUAUUUAGACUUAAGCUGCACAACAGGCCUUCCCAGCCCCAUGAGGUGCGUUGUCUAGCAACCCACCUAUUUAAUGCUAGGACAAUUUACAAUGAUCAAUUAGCCUAAUAACCAGUAUGUCUCUGGACUGUGGGAGGAAACUGGAGCUCCUGGAGGAAACCCACACACUCACGGGAAGAACAUUCUUACAGAGGAGCUUCAUGCUUACUGCUACGCUAUGAGGAUGAAGCUGCCGGUGCCCAGUGUGUGGGAAUGGGUUCAGUUCACUGAGCCGCAUCUGGGGCUUGUUGUGCACACUUACCCAGCAUCCACGCCAUUACUGAUCACACUUACCCAGCAUCCACGCCCAUUACUGAUCACACUUACCCAGCAUCCACGCCAUUACUGAUCACACUUACCCAGCAUCCACGCCAUUACUGAUCACAUUCACGCAGCAUCCACGCCCAUUACUGAUCACAUUCACCCAGCAUCCACGCCAUUACUGAUCACAUUCACGCAGAAUCCACGCCCAUUACUGAUCACACUUACCCAGCAUCCACGCCCAUUACUGAUCACACUUACCCAGCAUCCACGCCCAUUACUGAUCACAUUCACCCAGCAUCCACGCCCAUUACUGAUCACACUUACCCAGAAUCCACGCCCAUUACUGAUCACACUUACAAGGAGCACUGCCACACAAAAGCAGCAGUCAUUCUCUCGUUUGUGAUCCAUUAUCAGGGACCCCAACCAUCCAGGUCGUGCUCUCUUCUACCUACUUGGGCAGGAGGUCCUGAGGUCCCACACCACCAGGUUCAGGAACAGUUAUUACUCUUCAACCAUCAGGCUCCUGAACCAGCGUGGAUAACUUCACUCACCCCACACUGAACUGACUCCACAACCCACAGACGCACUUUCAAAGGCUCCACAACUCAUGUUCUCAGAAUUAUUUGUAUUUUUAUGAUUAUUUGCACUGUUUGUCUUGAGUUGUUUGUCAGACUUCGUUCAUGUAUAGUUUUCAUAAAUAUUGUAUUUUUUUAUUUUCCCGUGAACGCCUGCAAGAAAAGGAAUCUCGGUGACAUAUACAUACUUUGAUAAUGAAUUGACUUUGGCUGAGUUGGUGGGCUAUGUCACUCCACGAGUGAGGUACUCCGUUUGCCCUUGACUCCCCACUUGUGCGUUCUGGUUUCUCUGUCCCUUGCAGACAGUCAUCUCCGUCCCUUCCCCAUCACCAAAGCCAGCUCGGAGCACACACACUUCCCUCCUUCGGACUAAGCCAUCCCAGACUACAUCCACUUCUUCCAUACCCCUUUACCGGGUGGCAUCUCGAAACCAGAGCUGCCAACCUGCAGUGGGAGCCCAUCUCUCACCAUCCUGCAUCCCGGAGUUGAUGGAGCUGGUUUCCCGUGUGCGUUGCCUCUAAUCCGCUGGGACUGUCGCGUAUCUUUAUAUCUGGACAGUGGUGUCAGCUGCCUGGAAUUUCUACAUUUAAAAUGCUGCUGGCACUCAGCAAGUCAGGGGACAGCGACAGGAAUACGGUUCGGCUCAGUUGUCCUCCAUCGCUGCCGUUGAGGGAGCAUCGACCUGCGGACUGGUUCCAAUUCUUCCGUUGUUAUUCGGGAUUUGCGGCAGCCUCACACUACCGAUUCCACGAUUCUUAUCUCUCCCCGACGGCAAACGGAGAAACUGCCCGUUCAUACAGGCACGAACUCUGCGUUGUACAGCCGGAUACAGACAGAUGGUACGAAUUCUCGCUCAGUAGAUCGGCUAAGGAAUUUUAGACAAAAGCCGGGUCGGUAAUUAAAUACUUCCCGAAAUGAGCCUGUGAUCGACAGCUUCGGAAGUGUACAGCCUCGUCUUGCCCCGCACUAUCCGGCUACCCGGCUCUUUCAAGGACACUAAGUGACUCCAUAACAUUCAAAAGGGAAUUUUGCACAACGUGCAUGAGGUGGUUUGAGUCUGGGGAGACAAGUCACGCGAACACUCAAUGGAGGGAAGGCGCGCUCUCCAUAACCAUUGUAAAAAGCCGAAGAUUUCGCUCUUUCCUGAUCUUCAUGUCCAGGAAUUCUUGGAAACACAUCGCAGCUGCCCCCACCUCAAAGGGGCAUUUGAAGAGACAGUGGCCUGGUGAUUUUGAUGCGGGCGGGGUCUGCAGAAGCUCCGGGUAGCCCGAGAGGGAGGAGACGUGCUGCACCGGGCGGGGGCAAGACUGGGGGCGUGCCAGGUCAUGUGACUCAGUUCUUGGAAAGUUCCUGGAAAGCGGCCUGCGUGUUUCUAAAGGGAGGAGGAGGGGUGAGGAAGCUAGUGACGGGCGAAUCCUCUCCCUCCAAUGCAACAGCUUGUUACUGGACUGGAAAUAUUCUCAGUAGAAGCACAAUUUCCGAGUCCGUAGACUUUGCGUCUCCCACACCUUCCCUCUGUCACAACCUCCCUCAGCAGUCGCGCUGCUUCGCUCUCGGAGCUAACUCAUUCUCUCCCUCCCAUCACCCUACCUUCCUCUUAAACCCUCCCCUCCGGUCUUUUCCUAAUCGUCGAGUGGGUGGGGUGAAGCGCCAGAGAGCUGUCGUUUUGUUGACGCCAGUCCCCAGUAAAUGGCAUUUCCUCUGAAUUGUAUGGCGCUAGCCCAGAGUCCGGGGUCAACUAUCCACUGCUAGAGAAAUAAUUUAAAGCAGCGACCGUUAAUGGGACCCCUCUGAUAGCCAUGGGACGGAAUGGUCGCCCCGUUACCACAUUGGCUCUGCUCAAUUCUUUUACACGUUCGUUUGUUAACAAGUGUGAGGUGGUACUGGGGAGCUCUUAAUGCAAAUGAAGCAAAUGAGAAGUUAAAGGAAGCUGCUGAAGGAACAUUUCUGGUGAGGGAUAGUUCACAUCGUGAUUAUUUUCUCACUAUCUCUGUAAAAACUGUUUGGGGACCAACCAACCUGAGAAUUGAAUACCAAGAUGGCAAAUUCAGAUUGGACUCAGUGAUUCUUGCAAAACCAAAACUGCAGCAGUUUGACAGUGUGGUCCACUUGGUGGAAUACUACGUGAUCUUAUGUCAGAUGAUACAGAAUGCCCAGCAUCUGGCACCACAGAACCGAAGUGUCCAGCUGCAACUGACCAAACCACUGUAUAACAAGACUCCCACUCUGCAACAUUUCUGCCGAAUUAAUAUCCAUAGAGCAACCAAAAGGAUUCAUGAACUUCCUUUACCAAGCAAACUGAAGAAGUACUUGUUGGAAUACAAGUAUCAGGUUUAAUUUUUUUUAUUUAAUGGAAAAGGAAAUCUAGGAGACAAAUUAUGCUCAAAGUGCUUUUCCCAUCAGGAACUUUGCCCAAGUCUCUUCUGUAUGUCCUGUAAGUCUAUUGGAGUCAUCUACUGUAUCCAGGGCUCCUGGAGCUGCCUUCUCUACAUCAGUGAGACGUGAUAAAGAUAAGAGGGACCACUUUGUUGAGCACCUUUGCUCCAUCUGCAACAAAAUGUAGAUUUUCCCACUGGCUACCUAUUUCAAUUCUACUUCCUAGUCCCAUUCACGGCCUCCUCCACUGUCACAGUGAACCACUCUCAGGUUGGAGGAGCAACAACUCAUAGUUCAUUUGGGUAGUCUCCAACCCGACCGCAUGAAUAAUGGAUUUCUCUCACCACAGGUAGUUUCUCCCUUCUCCUCCUUUUCGCUUUUUCCAUUCCCCAUUCUGGCUCUCCCUACCUUCUUUUCUUCUCCUCAUCUGCCCAUCAUCUCCCUUUGAUGGCCUUCCUCCUUCCCAGGGUCCACUUUCCUCUCCUAUCAGAUUCCUUCUUCUUCAGCCCUCACCUCUUCCACUUAUCAACUCUCAGCUUCUCACUUCACCCCCUCACCCACUCACUUUCCCCACACUCCUGGUCUCACAAAUCCCCUCACCCACCUCCAUACUCCGGUUUCUUCUCCUUUCCUUUUAUGUCCUGAUGAAGGAUCUUGGUCCAAAAUGUUGACUCUCCAUAGAUGCUGCCUGACCUGCUGUAUAUUUCCAGCAUUUUGUGUAUAUUUUUUUUUGUCUAUUUUUUUUUGUAGAGUAUUGUCUAAUCUUGCCACCGCUUGAGUCUCUUUGCCCAGUUGUUCUGGUCAUUCUUUUACUGGAAUGGGAUAUUCAGGAAUUGCAGCAGCAAAACUGAUCCACUUGGAAUGCGAUUCCUAAACUGAUCCAAUCUGAAGAAACCUAACCUAGCAAUUACUUGUUACCCUUUGAAUAGAUGUUCCCUUUGGGUUGUAUUGUUUGGGAUAUUUCUACUGAAUAAAAUAACUAAAAGAUCAACAGUUAUGUUUUUCAGUCUUGAUUUCCCUUAGCUUAAACACACACUAAAUUGAUAUCCAUUGCUCCUGUUACUUAUGUACCAGUUUACAUAUUUGUUAUAUGGACAUCUGUUUGUCUUUACC